AUGCGCGACUCGACCAAUGCUCAUCAUAACAAGCUCGAGAAAUCCCCGCAUGCUCGCCGUGCCUCGCUGACGUCAGGCAGAAAGACAAGUUUACGCAAAGCCCAGGUUGAAGAGGACGCAUCGACUCGGGCAAUGGCUGGCUCGGCCUCGCGCCUGAACCAGAACAACGCCGACGCCAACGAGAGCACGCCCGUGCCUCCAUUGACACCAAAGAGCAUUCGAAACGACGAUUAUGAAGAACAAGAGCUACAUAAUGUGGUCCAACACGCCCUUCCGCCGACGCCUCCCGCCCAGGAUGACCCAUUUGCGCGAGGUGGUGCGGGUGGCUACCAUGUUACAUUUAACGGAGAUCAGACAAAAGACGGAAGUGUACGUUCUUUGAUGAACUGGCGAGAUGAUCCUGAUGCGGUGGCCACGAAGAACAAGAGCAACUUACACGCCGCCACGGCGACGCAAGACACCAACCCUUCCGCCAAGGCAGACAAUCUUCGUGCUAAUCCGCUCGGUACCGAGGCAGUUGUUGGAACAGCCGGUCUUGGGAUGAGUUCUCGUGCAUACGGCGUGGAUCAACGGGACGAGAGUGGCGACUGGGCGUCGGAUGGACACCAGGGACACGAUUUGCUGGGCGGAGGAACAGAACGAGCAAUAGAUAUUGCGACGGCUCGGAAGAAAAUUCAAUUUGCGGUCGAGGCCGAACUUGCGGCGGAUCGAGCCCUAGAGCUCGCCAGGCAUGCAGUUCACGAGGCUCGAGCGGCGGUGAAAAGCUUGGAGAAGCAGAUGAACGACGAAUUUCAACGGGCUCAAGCACGCAAGAUGGAGACUGAUGGGGUCGUAAAAGAAUUGGAAAAGUUGGGCCGGCAUGACCACCGCGCAUGA